CGCUCGAGAGUUUCUCCCUCCCUCCCUCUCUCUCUCUCCGAGGGACUUCGGGAGCAGCUGGUGGUGGUGGACACUUCCGAUUUCGCCAUGGCUUCUUCCUCCUCCGAGCCGGGGCUGAAGUCCGAGUCCGGCGGCGGCGGCUGCGGCGGGGAGGCGUCGGAGGCGGCGGCGGCGGGCGAUCAGCUGCUGCUUUACCGGGGGCUGAAGAAGGCGAAGAAGGAGAGAGGUUGCACCGCCAAGGAGCGCAUCAGCAAGAUGCCUCCCUGCGCUGCCGGGAAACGCAGCUCCAUCUACCGUGGCGUCACCAGGCAUAGAUGGACUGGUCGAUAUGAAGCUCAUCUCUGGGAUAAAAGUACAUGGAACCAGAAUCAGAAUAAGAAAGGAAAGCAAGGUUGCUCUCGUGCUUAUGAUGAUGAGGAGGCUGCAGCAAGAGCCUAUGAUCUCGCUGCCUUGAAAUACUGGGGACCUGGGACACUCAUUAAUUUUCCAGUCAAAGACUAUACCAGAGAUCUUGAAGAAAUGCAGAAUGUCUCUAGGGAAGAGUACCUCGUGUCUCUUCGUAGAAAGAGCAGUGGUUUUUCAAGAGGAGUCUCCAAAUAUCGAGGGCUUUCCAGCCGAUGGGAGUCAUCGUUCAGUCGCAUUGGCGGAGCAGAAUACUUCAACAGCAUUUAUGGUGCAGGCGAAGAUCCAGCGACAGAAAGUGACUUUGGAGGCAGUUUUUGCAUUGAUAGGAAGAUUGACCUAACCAGCUACAUAAAGUGGUGGGGCCAAAACAAAACCCGACAACUAGACUUGGCUACAAAAUCAAGUGAAGAAAUAAAACACUGCUCCUCUGAUGAUAUCAAUACUGAACUAAAAACAUCAGAAUGGGAAGCUACAGAACCGUACCAGAUGCCCCGUCUAGGAGUACCUCGUGAAGGCAGAAAGCACAAAGGGUCCACUUUAUCUGCCCUUGGUACUUUGUCACAGUCGGCUGCCUACAAGAACUUGCAAGAGAAAACGCUUAAGAAACAGGAAAAGGACCAUGACAAUGAUGAUGAAAACAAGACUACUAUCAACAGGAUGGACUAUGGACAGCCUGUUGAGAAAUCGAGAAGCCAUGAGGCUAGCGAGAAACAAGGAGCAACAGUUGGAAUGAGUGGAACGCCUCCGCCUCAAAGGAACCUCUAUCCCUUAACUUCUUUCUUGAAUGCACCCUUGCUGACUAAUUACAGCAGUAUUGACCCACUGGUGGAUCCUGUCCUGUGGUCAUCACUUGUUCCGGUGCUUCCUGCUGGACUCUCACGUACUGCUGAGGUUCCAAAGUCCGAGACCAGCUCAACGUAUACUUUUGUUCGGCCGCAGGAGUGAUCAUCUGUCACUUGUUGGUACCAAAUUUUGUGUAAAGAUGGAGUGCAUACUCAAGACUUCCGGUCAGAGUUUUAGCGGAAGGCUGCCAAGUCAACAGAACUUAGAGAGCUCAGUUUCUUCAACAAAUCGGAGGUGGCUUUUCCCUUGUCGGUUUGACAUGGUUUCUGCCGGGUGGAGGACCAGAAGCACAAAAAGUGUAUAUGAUUUAGAUGUUGUAAUUUUUGUAUCACUAUAUAUUACAGAGCAAAGAAUACGAGAUUGCAGAGAGAGUCGUAGGCAUGUAAAGACUGAAUGCGCCUUCUUAGCAAAAUGUAAUCUUGUUGCAAAUAGAGUUAUCGCAGAGUUUGGUAUAACUGAUUUCUGCUGAAUAAAGAGAAUACUGCUUAUGA